AUGCAAUAUUUGUGCCAUAUCUGUAGGUGCCUCCAAAAGAAAUUAAUAAAAAUCAUUUUGUUUAUAAUCCUUCUACUUGUUUCUAUUGACUUCUUUCGCGUAUAUGGAUGUUUCAAUUACUUACAUAUAUCGGAGGAUGCUAUAGAUUCAGUGCUGUAUAAGGCAGUAAAUCCAAAUAUGUUAAAUAAAGACAGACCUAACUGUACAUAUAAUCAAGUUCUAAAAAGUAAAGAAUCUAUUCACGCUUGGGAUGUGCGAAGGAAUUACGAUGACUUUGAUGCAGAAGGCAUAGCAGAUGGAGAGUAUUCGCCGAAGCACUGCAGCCCACUCUUCAGUGUUGCAAUACUGGUCACAUAUAGAAACAGACAGAACCAUCUAGAUAUCUUCUUUCCAUAUAUGCAUAAUUUUUUGAGGAAACAAAAUAUACAUUAUAAGAUAUACUUAAUUGAGCAGCAAGACGGCAACCCCUUUAACAAGGGUCUCCUGUACAACGUAGGCGCCCGCAAAGCUCUGACCGACGGCUUCCCUUGCCUCAUUCUCCACGAUAUCGACCUUCUACCUCUAGACACCUCCAACCUCUAUGCCUGCUCAACCGACCCCCGGCAUUUUAGCGCGAGCAUAGACCAGUUCCGAUUCGUUUUGCUUUACGACUGGCUGAUUGGCGGAGUGCUGUCUAUUCGGAUAGAUCAGUAUGUGGAGUUGAACGGCUUCUCGAAUAGAUUUUUGAAAUGGGGAGCGGAAGAUGACGAUUUCUAUAUGAGGAUGGCGGAGCAGAAUAUCAAGGUAAUCAGAUUCCCCCCCUCAAUGUCCCGCUACACGAUGCUGCACCACCCACAAGCCGAGAUGAACGGAGACCGCCGGAAGCUGCUGGUGACCAAUCGCAACGACACCCCCGCUGUGCGUAAACAAGAUGGCCUCCGCGGCGCGCAUGCGCAUGUACGCAAGGUCAACCAGAGACUCUUCACGCAUGUCAUUGUUCAAACAUAG